CCCUGUCCAGCUCACCAGAUUUCUCUGCCCACGACACGGACCUAAGGAAAACGGAAGAAACCAUCCGGAAAGACAGACUACCACUUGCUUCCCUGUCCGUCCGCCCGUCCGCCCCUCUCUCUUCCCUCAAAAAUCUCUCCGCAAUCAAACCGCGGUCGCUCGGACCCAUCGCGAAACCGCCGGGCGAAGCGCGAACGCUAUCCGCUGCUGCCGGGGAGAUCCAUCCGGCCCUGGUCUCUUCUCCCUUUUGCCGAUCCAAGUUUCCGUCCACCCGUGUUUUAAUUGCGUUCGUCUUCUCCGUCAGCGGCUCAGCGCUCAAGAUCGGCGCUGCUUGGCACCACGGCCAAUUAAAUUUGGUGCGCUGAGAAGAAUUGAGAGGUCCAGGCAUGAGCUUCCGGGACCAGGAGAGUGGCGGGGAGGAUGGGGUCCGCACGUCCUCCGCGUCGGACCUGCGGAAGCCGCUCCUGAACACCGGGAGCUGGUACCGGAUGCCGCCGCCGGGGGGCAUAAUGGGCUCGCGGCAAUCCAGCCUCAUGGAGCGCCUAGGCUCCUCCACCUUCUCCAUCCGCGACGUCUCUGUCUCGGCCACGCUCUGCACGCUCAUUGUCGCGCUAGGUCCCAUCCAAUUUGGCUUCACCUGCGGAUACUCCUCGCCCACCCAGGACGCCGUGAUUGCUGAUCUCGGCCUCUCCCUUUCCGAGUUUUCCCUGUUCGGAUCACUGUCCAACGUCGGGGCGAUGGUGGGAGCCAUUGCCAGUGGGCAGAUUGCAGAGUAUAUCGGACGCAAGGGGUCUCUCAUGAUCGCUGCAAUCCCGAACAUUAUAGGGUGGCUCGCGAUAUCUUUUGCAAAAGAUUCCUCCUUUUUGUUUAUGGGCCGGCUGCUAGAAGGGUUUGGAGUUGGUGUAAUAUCUUAUACGGUACCUGUUUAUAUUGCAGAAAUCGCCCCACAGGACCAGAGGGGAGCUCUCGGUGCUGUCUUUCAGCUCUCAGUUACGAUUGGUAUAUUGGUUUCUUACCUGUUUGGCAUGUUUGUUCCCUGGAGAAUUCUUGCUGUUCUAGGCAUUUUACCUUGUUCAAUCCUGAUUCCUGGGUUGUUCUUUGUCCCUGAAUCUCCAAGGUGGCUGGCGAAAAUGGGAAAGAUGGAAGAUUUUGAAUACUCGCUGCAAGUUCUGCGGGGAUUUCAGACUGACAUCACAGCAGAAGUAAAUGAAAUAAAGAGAUCUGUGGCAUCAUCAAGGAGGAGGACAACCAUUAGGUUUGCCGAUAUCAAGCAGAAGAGAUAUAGUGUUCCUCUUAUGAUAGGAAUUGGUCUCCUCGUGCUGCAGCAACUAAGUGGUGUCAAUGGCAUUCUAUUUUAUGCUGCAAGUAUCUUCAAAGCUGCUGGUAUUACAAAUAGUAAUCUAGCAACAUUUGGUUUGGGUGUUGUUCAGGUGAUUGCUACUGGAGUGACAACCUGGUUGAGUGACAAAGCUGGUCGAAGGCUUCUUCUCAUUAUUUCUACUACUGGAAUGACCAUUACUCUCGUUGUUGUUUCUGUGUCAUUUUUUGUUAAGGACAACAUAACUGCUGGCUCCCACUUAUACUCUGUAAUGAGUAUGCUUUCGUUGGCUGGACUUGUGGCAUUUGUGAUUUCAUUUAAUCUUGGAUUAGGAGCCAUUCCCUGGAUCAUUAUGUCUGAGAUUCUUCCUGUUAGUAUUAAGAGUCUUGCUGGAAGUGUUGCCACCCUUGCAAACUGGCUGGGAGCAUGGGCCAUUACUAUGACCGCAAGCUUGAUGUUGAGCUGGAGCAAUGGAGGAACUUUUGCUAUCUAUGCCGCCGUGUGUACCAUGGCCCUCAUUUUUGUGUGCUUAUGGGUGCCGGAGACCAAAGGAAGAACGCUUGAGGAAAUUGCGUUUUCAUUCCGCUGAAGCAAGGGAGGGUCGAAUGUUCCGAGACCAAGCAUGAUGAUGAAAGUCUGAGAUCCCCCCAUGUGCUAUCAUAUCAAGACAUGCCAUUUGGGACGCUGAACCCAUGAAUUCCGCAGCAACCUUGCAGCCAUGUUUUGUUUGGAUGUAUCAUCUUGUGUGUCUGUGUACAUUGUACAAUAUGAUUCUUUAGCAGAAGGCAGGUGUGUUUAUAUGUGUAAGAUAUAAUGGAAUAGUAGCGGAAGGCACUGAAAACCCUUGCACGGGUUACGGAGGAGAGCGAUUUGUUUAUUUCAUUGAGACACGUUCAGAAUAAAAUUUUUUGAGCAAAUACA